AUGGCAUGUAUAACUAUGGAUCCACCACAUGUGGUUAAUACUGGGGUAUCUUGUGCGGCCUGCUGCAAUGUUGCACCGGGCAAGCUGCUGCGCUGCGCGGCCUGCGACAGUGCAUGGUACUGUAACCAGGAAUGCCAGCGAAAGCACUUCAAGGAGCACAAAGCAUUGUGCCGCGCAUUGAGGCUAUUCCAUUCCUUGCAGACGCCAGCAGCGGCACCGCAUGCGACCACCACGGAAGCGCCGCCGCCGUGCAACUGCCGGCCGCCGCUGCCGCUGCCGCCAGCGGCGGCGGCAGCGGCCUUAGCUGCUGCCCCCACUGCCAUUGGGGCUGGGUGUGUGACGAGCAUCGUACUGCCUACCUGA